AUGUGCUCGUCAACAACAGUUCUCGGAGUAUUUUUUGCAACGUUUUGCGUCGUGACAGCUUUCGCCGUGUCAGACUCUUUGGUGGAAGACCUCGAUGGAAACUUGAUUGUUUUUCCAAACGUCGAAACUCCAGAAAACGAUGCUCGUGGAAGGUAGGUUUUAUUUUCUCAACUGUAUCUUUUUCACAGUUCACAGUGGAGUUAUUCUACUUGAACAUUUUUAAUUUCUCUGAAAAUUGAUUGAAAAAAAUUAUUUUUUUCUUAAUCUAAAGUUCCUGGAUAUCGCCUUAACAAAACUUCUCAUUUUUAAAAACUGACGUUUCUAAGUUACACCAGAUUUUCAAAGAACGCUUAAAUUUUACAGUGAAACAUCUUCGUUUACAGACAGGGAAAAAAGUUAGAUUCAAAUUGCAUAUUCUAUAAAGUCAUCAACUUCGCGGAAAAGAAUUAAUAAUUUAGAAAAGUUGAAACAUGGCUUCCCCCCUCGAGUUAUCAAAAUUCCCCAUUCUCAGAGUACAAUGAUGAACAAAAUUAAACAUCUUGGCAUCAAAUAUUGUGUUUUUCCUUGAAGCUUCUCAUCACAUAUCGUUGCUCUGAGGCCGGACUACACUUUUUGGAAGAUGGUGAAUGUUCUCAGGAGCAUGUUCGACGCAAGAACCGCAGAAAAACGCCGGUCCAAUCGAGGUCGGUUAGAAAUAGCUUAAUUUUUUCGAACUUCAUUGUUUAAUUUAACUAUGUGAGUUUUAUCUUUCAAUUUGAACAUUUUCAGAGAUCGAUAGGCCAGUUCAACCAGAACUCCGAUCGCGACGACUUCUCCUCAAUUUCGGAGAUUAUCGUCGUUGA